CGACGACAGCCGUGAGAUACGGGCGGACCAGAACCCCGCACUGUAGCGCGCGUGCCGAAACGUCAGCGGAGCGCGCCGUGACCCUCAGGGCGGAAGGCGUUGCGCGCAUUUCCCCGCGGCAGCAGCGUAGCGGGCAGCCCGACCAUGGCGGCCGCUGCCGCUAUCUCGCUGCCCCUGCAGCCAGGCCUUGUCCCCCGCGUCGCCCGCCCCACCCGCAGCAACUGCUCUGCCUCCGCCGCUAUCGCCGCCACCAGCAGCAGUGCCGCGGCUGUGCCUCUCACGGUGCCGCCGCGGGCAGCAGGCGGGGCGCGCGGGGAGACGACGAUGCGGGCACGGGCGGGGCAGCGGCGGGCGCGGAGCCGCGCGGCAGUGAGAGCGACGGUUGGGGACGCGGAGAAGAGGGGGGAGGGGGAGGCGGGUGCGGGCGAGGGGCGGGAGCAGCAGCGGGAGGAGGCGUGGCAGGUGGCGGCGCGCAUGUACGGCGCAGUGAACGCGCGGGACGUGGCGGGCGCGGUGGCGUGCGUGGGGGAGCGGUGCGAGUAUCACGAUAUGAUCUACCGCGACGCCAUGCGAGGCAGGCAGGCCAUCGCGCAGCACCUGUCGCGAGUGCUGCAGGCCAUGCCGCCCGGAGUGGCGUUUGUGAUCGAUGACGUCUCCAAGGGGGACGAGCAUGCAUGCGGGGUCAUGUGGCAUGCAGAGCUGGACGGCCGGCCUCUACCCUUGAGCCGCGGCUGCUCCUUCAUCCGCUGCCAGCGGGAAGACGGCGCUCUGCUCAUCACGUUCGUGAGGGACAUCCCCGAGCCAACCAUGAAGCCGGGAUCCGCUGCCCUU